CCUAUAGAUUGACUUCACAUUUAUCCCUUCAUUGAGAUCGAAGCAAAGCAUUUAGACAGUAUCAUCUGUUCAAACAUACUCCAAGUCGUACGACAUCACCACCAUGCACCCACAUGCUGGAAAGUCAAUUUCACCCAGCCAGUCAUCAUCCAACAGCAUCGUCUCUCAACGUAACUUAACCUUCUCAGUGUACUGCAUUCCCUGAUAAAUUCAACACCCAAACCCCCCAGACAAUACCAUCCAUGCCCCGAAGAUCCAUCCUUCGGUAUCGGACCUCCCCAGGGACAGAGGUCACCCACGUCGGGGGUCCCAUAUCCUUUCUCAACCCCACGCGCGCAAAGCUACACAAGCCCCAUCCACCACCGUCACCACCACACGAGGAAAAAGAACCCCACAUCCACCGCCCCCGCGAAGACCAGAAACCGCGCAUUGAGCAUAUCUGGCGAUCCCGCGAUAACAGAAAAGGCCGUCAUGCGAUCCGCGUUCAUCCACCGCUAGCACCACCACCGCCCAAACCAGAGGUCGUAUACAUCCUACCGCGGCGGACGACCGCGCCGCGAGCGAUAGCGAAAGGUCUCCUGCGCAUGGUGACCGUGUUUGCGUACUGGGAUGUGUCGUACCUUGUGGCUGUGAUUUUCACACUGGGGUCUGUGGUCUGGUGUAUCAACGCUUUCUUCGUGUGGUUGCCGCUACAAGAUCCGGGCUCGACGUUCAAGAAUGAAAAUCUCACCGCGGGAGGAGUGUCGGCGUUUGUGGGCGCCACGAUCUUCGAGAUAGGCAGCUUCUUUUUGAUCCUCGAGGCUGUAAACGAGAACCAGACGGAUUGUUUUGGCUGGGCGCUAGAGAAAGCUGUUCAUGGUGGUGGGCCAGGGCAUCCUGAGAAGGAGACUAUUAGAAUUGCGCCGAGCGUGAAGGACUGUGUUCACCACCACGCGGAUCGGAAGACGUUUUUGAGGAUGAGACACCACCACCACCGUCCUUCUGCCUCUGCCUCUGCCUCUACCUCUCCAGCCAGUCUGGAGAAUGGCGCACCUCCCGCAGACGAAAAAUCCACCGGAGACAGAGAAACAGACAGAGCCAGCACCCGCUCCUUCACCUGGCUCCCGACCCUAACGGAACUCCGCAAGCACUACAUCCGCGAAAUCGGCUUCCAAGCCUCCUUCAUCCAGCUCAUCGGCGCUACCAUCUUCUGGAUCUCCGGCUUCACAGGCCUCCCCGGCAUAAUCAACCACAUGAGCCGGCGCGUGACAAACGGCGUGUUCUGGGUACCGCAGAUGGCAGGCGGGGCGUGUUUCAUCGCCAGCGGACUGCUGUUUGCCAUCGAGACGCAGAAGAGGUGGUAUGUGCCGGCGCCGCGGACUCUGGGGUGGCAUAUUGGGAUGUGGAACUUUGUAGGGGGGAUUGGGUUCACGCUGUGUGGUGUGUUGGGCCCGGCGUCCGGUAAUUCGGGGGCGGUUUAUCAGUCGAAUUUAGCUACUUUUUGGGGGUCGUGGGCUUUCUUGGUGGGUUCCGGGAUUCAAUGGUACGAGAGUUUGCAGAAGCAUCCGACGGAGGUUAGUAAGGAAGGUGGUUAGGGAUUAGGGAUGGCGGGUUG